ACAAGCGGUCACACAGAUUUUUCUGAGCCACGGGACCCACCACCGGCCUUAGAAUAAUUAUUGUUUUGUAAUUAAACGGAAUUUUACGUCUUUAAAGUUUCAAACACACACACACAAACUGUGGGGCCAUCAUGUCAUGGGUCUCUGACUACCAGUACUCGUUGACGGAGAGAAUAGCGAUGCGUACGCUACGCAUCUGUGGCCAGAUACCACACCACGUCGCCUUUGUCAUGGACGGCAACCGGAGGUUCGCCCGCUCCCAGCAUAUCGACAAGAUCGAGGGUCAUUCGCGGGGCUUCGAAAAGCUGGCGGACUGCCUCCGCUGGUGCCUGGACGUGGGCGUACGCGAGGUAACCACGUUCGCCUUCAGCAUUGAGAACUUCAAGCGAUCCAGUGAGGAGGUCGAUGGUCUGUUUAAUCUGGCGCGGGAGAAGUUCGAUCGCCUGUUGCAGGAGACGGCACGGCUGGAGGAGCACGGUAUACGCAUACGGGUUAUAGGAAACAUAGAGCUGUUGCCGCCGGAUCUGCAGAAGUUGAUGGCCACUGCCAUGCUGAGCACUGAGCGCAAUGACAAACUCUUCCUGAAUGUGGCCUUUGCAUACACGUCACGGGACGAGAUCACACAGGCGGUGGAGACAGUCCUUCGGCAUGGCAACGAGGAUAUAGAACCGACAGACAUCAGCGAGCGGCUGCUGGAGGAAUGCCUCUACACACGGCACUCGCCGCCUCCGGAUCUGGUCUUCCGCACCUCCGGCGAGACCAGGCUGAGCGACUUCAUGAUGUGGCAGCUGAGCACAUCGGUGUUGUACUUUAGCAAUGUCCUGUGGCCACAGAUCACGUUCUGGCACUUUUUGGCCAGCAUUCUGGCCUACCAGCGCGACCGUUGGCAGCUGGACGACUUCCGGCGGAGGGAACGAAUGCAUAGCCUCCAAUUGGCCAAGACCGGCGACUUUUAUAGCGAGAGAGUGCAGAAAUUCCUAGCCACCAUUGAUGAGGAUAAGAGGAAACUGCUCGUUCGAGUGGCGGCCGCCAACUAAGGGCAGCAAAGUUGAUGUUUUGUGAUAUGAGUGGCAAAUAAAUCCGGGUAAAUACCACA